AUGUCAGUAGAAAUGGACAGCAGCAGUUUUAUUCAGUUUGAUGUGCCCGAGUACAGCAGCACCGUUCUGAGCCAGCUAAACGAACUCCGCCUGCAGGGGAAACUAUGUGACAUCAUUGUACACAUUCAGGGUCAGCCAUUCCGAGCCCACAAAGCAGUCCUUGCUGCCAGCUCCCCAUAUUUCCGGGACCAUUCAGCGUUGAGUACCAUGAGUGGCUUGUCAAUAUCAGUGAUUAAAAAUCCCAAUGUGUUUGAGCAGUUGCUUUCUUUUUGUUACACUGGAAGAAUGUCCUUGCAGCUGAAGGAUGUUGUCAGUUUUCUGACUGCAGCCAGCUUUCUUCAGAUGCAGUGUGUCAUUGACAAGUGCACGCAGAUCCUAGAGAGCAUCCAUUCUAAAAUCAGCGUUGGAGAUGUUGACUCUGUUACCGUCGGUGCUGAAGAGAAUCCCGAGAGUCGGAACGGUGUCAAAGACAGCAGCUUCUUUGCCAACCCAGUGGAGAUUUCUCCUCCAUAUUGCUCUCAGGGACGGCAGCCCACCGCAAGCAGUGACCUCCGGAUGGAGACGACCCCCAGCAAAGCUCUGCGCAGCCGCUUACAGGAGGAGGGGCACUCAGACCGCGGGAGCAGUGGGAGCGUUUCUGAGUAUGAGAUUCAGAUAGAGGGGGACCAUGAGCAAGGAGACCUGUUGGUGAGGGAGAGCCAGAUCACCGAGGUGAAAGUGAAGAUGGAGAAGUCCGACCGGCCCAGCUGUUCCGACAGCUCCUCCCUGGGUGAUGAUGGGUACCACACUGAGAUGGUUGAUGGGGAACAAGUUGUGGCAGUGAAUGUGGGCUCCUAUGGUUCUGUGCUCCAGCACGCAUACUCCUAUUCCCAAGCAGCCUCACAGCCAACCAAUGUAUCAGAAGCUUUUGGAAGUUUGAGUAAUUCCAGCCCAUCCAGGUCCAUGCUGAGCUGUUUCCGAGGAGGGCGUGCCCGCCAGAAGCGGGCCUUGUCUGUCCACCUGCACAGUGACCUGCAGGGCCUGGUGCAGGGCUCUGACAGUGAAGCCAUGAUGAACAACCCCGGGUAUGAGAGCAGCCCCCGGGAGAGGAGUGCGAGAGGGCAUUGGUACCCGUACAAUGAGAGGUUGAUCUGUAUUUACUGUGGAAAGUCCUUCAACCAGAAAGGAAGCCUUGACAGGCACAUGCGACUCCAUAUGGGAAUCACCCCCUUUGUGUGCAAGUUCUGCGGGAAGAAGUACACACGGAAGGACCAGCUGGAGUACCACAUCCGGGGCCACACAGAUGAUAAACCAUUCCGCUGUGAGAUUUGCGGCAAGUGCUUUCCAUUCCAAGGUACCCUCAACCAGCACCUGCGGAAAAACCACCCGGGCGUCGCUGAAGUCAGGAGUCGCAUUGAGUCCCCCGAGAGAACAGAUGUGUACGUGGAACAGAAACUAGAAAAUGACGCGUCAGCCUCAGAGAUGGGCUUAGAUUCCCGGAUGGAAAUUCACACAGUGUCUGAUGCUCCCGAUUAAGAUGGUAAAGAAGUGCACCCAAACAAAGCACAUUAAUCAAUGCAUAUUUGUGAUUUGCUUUGUUGUAAUCUUUGGUUUUCCCAACCAUCUGGAAAUCUCUUGGUCUCUUGGCAGUUUUUCUAAAGUUUCUGGAUGGAACACUUCGUUGUGUUUAUCCUUUCCCCUGCCCUCCCUCCCCGAAGGAGCUCAAAGCAUGAAGGGCAACGCAUCCAGGGAAAACACAGGCUGACAGUAUUCCUCUUUGGCUGAACUCUUAAUCCAAAACCUGCCAGUGAUUUAGCUAUGCCAACUGGUUGACCCUCCAUUCU